UGCGAGAAUCGGAUAAAAAACAGGAACCACAAUAAGUAUCUCCUCCGACGACCACCACUUACCGGAAUCUUUCUUACUCCGACAACCACCAACUGAACACGGAAAUGCUGGUAAUUGAACCGGCAACCGCCUUCUAUAUCCAGACCGGCCGUCAUUCCCGCCUUCUCUCACACUCUCGCAGCAUCAUCAUUCCUUGCAAUAAUAAGAUUACGUCAAGGAAGAAUUUGUUCAAGAAUAGAAUUAGGGCUUCAGCAGCUAAUGAGGAGGAGCAAUCGGUCGUUGGUCCAGUGAAACAAGCGAAGAAGCCACAGCGGUAUCAUCCGUCUGAAGAUAUUUCGGAUUCCGAAGAUUCGGAUGAGAAUGGAGAUGCUAUUCUUGGACCUGCUGAAACUAGCAGGACUGUUAUUGAGGUUAACAGCAAAGCAAUGCUUAUGUUCUCAGGGAUGGUAGGUGAUGGUGUCCAUGAAAAUAUAUUCUGGCCAGAUUUGCCAUAUGUAACGGAUGAACAUGGAAAUGUAUAUUUUCAAGUGAAAAAUGAUGAAGAUAUUCUCCAAACUCUUACCUCUGAGGAUAUCCUUGUGCAAGUCAUAAUAGGCUUAGAUACAACUGAAAUGCUCAGUGAGAUGGAGUUAAUAGGCCAAGCAGAAUCUGAUUACGAUAUGGAGGAAAUCGAAGAUAAUGAUAGUGGGACGGAUGAUGAUGACACUGAUGACGAUGGCGACGACGAUGAUGAUGACGGCGAGAAUGGUGGCUAUGAAAAUGAAUGGGUUUCACUCCUAGAAGAUGAGGACGAUGAUGAGGAUCCUGGCGAUUGGGCAAAGUUAGAGACCAUGCGUUCAUCUCAUCCAAUGCAUUUUGCUAAACAGUUGGCACAAUUUGUAUUAGAUGAUCCAGUAGACUACAUGGAUCAGCCUCCUGCUGGUCUUGCUAUUCAAGGCGUCCUUAGACCUUCAUUUGUUGAAGAAAGUUCGGUGAUGAACAAAUAUAUGCUUGACGAUAAGUCUAAUGAUGAAGAGACAAAUCAAAUUUCUGAAGGCCAAGAAGAAGAAGAGUUGGGCGUUAUCAAUGGCCAUAGGCAUGAAGAUGGUCAAGAUAUCGAAGAGGGUUUGCAGAAAGAUCAAAAUUUAGGAAAUGGAACUUCAUACUAUAAGUUGGAGAUUGUUAAAAUUCAUCUGAUCUCAGCACAUGGAAAUCAGACUUUAGUCGAAGUCGAAGAUUUUAGGAGGGCUCAACCUGAUGCAAUAGCACAUUCGGCUGCCAAAAUAAUAUCCCGUCUAAAAUCUGGUGGAGAAAAGACUACCCAAGCCCUUAAAUCAUUAUGUUGGAGAUGUAAGGGUCUUCAAGUGGAGGAGGUAGCUGUUAUUGGAGUGGACACCCUGGGAUUCGACGUAAGAGUGUGUUCUGGAAGACAAAUUCAGACAUUACGAUUUGCAUUUAAGAAACGGGCCUCUUCGGAGUAUAGUGCUGAGAGACAGUUGAAUAACUUGCUAUUUCCAAGAAUCUCCAAGCAACAGAAGCAGAAAGAAGCCCGGCAAACAGAACUCUAAUCAAGGGGAUAUAACAAUUUCGCAGGCAAAUGUUUGUGCUUUUUAUGUACAUAGCAGGCCAUUUUUUCUGCGCAGUUUCAGUCAUUCUUUAUUAUCUAAUAGAUUGUAAGUUUAACACUUAACAAUCAUUUAAUUCACCCUUUCAUAGUU